AUGUUUCAUUCGUUACUCUACAAGAAGCGACAUAAUUCUGUUAGUUAUUUUGUUCGAUAUUCAUUUAGUGAUAAUGUUCAAGAACAGCGUUUUGGUGCUAUUGAUUUAUUUUUUAUGUUUAAUGGUUUUGGCUAUGCACUUAUUAAAUACUAUCCUGUUAAGGAAUUUUUCAGCGAUGCUUUUAAAAAGUCUAAUUAUUAUUAUUUGAUAAAGAGGCCCAUCGAUUAUCUAUAUUUUAUUCUUGAAAAAAGCCACUGUCAACAUGAUGUUGUGCCAAUUGAUCAAAUAAUAAAUCACUGCAUUGUUGUCGAAAAAAAUGACUAUUUAUUUGUGACUAAUAUCUUAUCAUACAAUGAACACGAUUAA